AUGGAGGGCAAGCAAAGUUUGCCUGUGUGUCCCUGACCUUUCCUUCUUCCACUCCUCUUUUUUGUCGAUAUCGCGAUCGCAGAGACAGCAUAAACAUUCAUCGCGCCCACAUUUCUCGAAUCACAUUCUUCGAUCGCUCGUUUUCUCGACUCUAAAAAUUCUUUUUAUCAGCCAAACUUUUCAGGUAUCGCUUGAACGAACUGAAGAGUUCGAUUUCAAGUAUAGGACAACCUUGCGGACGGACGGAAACAGGCCUGGAACAGCCCUUCUUCGACAAACACGACAAUGGAAAACGGAAUGGACGCACAUAUGAAUGGUAUGAUUUUGUGAAAAUUGAUAUAACUGUAGGUAAUCUUCAAUUACCAUUAAUGAGGCGAUUUUUUAUUGAUUUUUUUUGAAUUCACUUGAAAAUCUUUGUCUGCAUGGGCUUGUGAUUUUUUUCAAGUUUCUUAUAGGCUGCAUCAAUGUUCCUCAUAGUUACCAUCUAAUGACUUUUUCAAUAGAUAUGAUUUUUUUGAAAAUUUGGACCUUGAAAAGUUUGAGCAAUUAACACUUAUGAGUGAGAUUCCAAGUAGAUCAAACUGGUUUAUAAAUAUUUUUAAAGAUAAAAAACAUAGAAUAUCUUCAUUGCUAUUGAAAAAAAUCUUUUUGAUUUACGUUGUAAGGAUUUUUUUUUUUCAAAUCAAUCUGUGAGAAAAGUUAAAAUUUUGAAGGAGAAACAAACGGCCAUGGAUCUGCGGUGAACGGAGCUGAGAACGUCAAUGGCGUUGUCCAAAUGGACUACAACACUGAUUUCCCGACCCUUCCUGAUGCACCGGCGACUACCGCGGCAAUCCAUGUGCCGAAGAAGCCGGCCACCGUCUGGAAACGCCCCAAUCUGGCUGCCAAGGCGGUAACGAUCACGUUCCGCCUGGCAUCGGAUGAGCGCUCCAACAAGGUCAAAAGCUUUGGCAACACGAGCGAGGAACACAAGAAGGCCCAAAAUAUCGCUUCUCAAACCGGUAAGAAGAUAUAACUUUGCCAGCUCUAGAAAACGGUCGAAUUGACGCAAAUCGUUUAUAUCCACUCAAAAAGGAUUUCUUUUACUCAAAUUGUUUUCAUACAAAAAUUUCAAUCAACUUUGGUGCUCUGAAAUCAUAUUGUAUCAAAAAUUUUAAUGUCUGCUUUCUUGUUUUUGUGAGAAAAAGUUGGCAAAAACGCUUCUAUGUAUUCACUCAAUAAUUGAACUUGGAAUAUCUUCAUGGUUUUUACUUAACGCACUUCUCGCCCACGUAUAAAAAAGCUUUGUAAAACUUCUGGUGAAAGAGUCUGUUUAGAAUUUUCUGUCUCAUGUUUUGAAUAAUUCAUGAUUUUAGGAACAAGAAUCGAAUUGAGUGAGUCGAAGGACGGAGAAUUGACGGUUGUGGUGAAGGGAGACCGUGCUAAAGUCGAAGAUGCGAGAGCUAGGUUGGUCCGUGACCUGCAGACCCAAGCCACGCGAGAACUUGACAUUCCUAAAGACCACCAUCGUCAUCUCAUUGGAAAGGUUUUUGAAAAAUUCAAGAUCAAAAUCUAAAAAAAGUGGUUUGAUAUAGGAGGGAGGUCUUUUGCGGCAACUCGAGCAAGAAACAAACUGCCGCAUCGUGAUCCCCGGUCGUGACACCGACUCGCAGACCAUCAAGAUCACUGGACCUCGCGAAGGAAUCGAGCGAGCUGUUGCCCACAUUAAAUCAGUUUCGGACAGAGAGGUUUACAAAAUUUGAUAGUGCUAACGAUUCUUAUAACAGUGUUUCAGUCAAAGUUGGCUACUGAGCAUAUCCAUUGUUCGAAGCAACUUUACCCCUUCAUUCGCGGACCUUUCAAUGAGAAUGUGGAUCGUUUGACCAGCGAAACUGGCGCAAAAAUCAACAUUCCUCCCCCUUCAGCUAAUAACGAGGUGCUUAUUUUUUCAUUUCAUUUCAAGUGUUUAUUCGCCAUUCCGCAAUCAGCACGACAAAUACAAAAAAAAUAAAACAUCAAAACAAUCAAAUAAAUCUAACAGCUGAUCUGUGGAAACGGCUGGAGGAACGGCUUAUAAAAAUCUAUUUUUUUUUUUUCAAGUUUUUUGAUAUCAAAAAAUUAUUUAUCUAAAAUUUUAGGUUAUUGUGAUCACGGGAGAGAAGGAAGGCGUUCUCCGCGCUGCAGCUGAAAUCAAGAAAAUCAUUCAAUCGAAGAAGGACGUGACCAGCAUCACUUUUCAAAUUGCCCGCACUCAGCAUCGCUACAUCAUCGGUCAGCAGCGCAGCGGCAUUCACGAAAUCCUCAAGCAGACCGGAGUUGUCGUCGAGGUUUUCCGAUCUUUGUGAUUUUUCUUUGUUAUUAAUAUGUUUACAGGUUCCCAGCGAGGAGUCCAACUCUGACAUGAUCACGUUGAUCGGUGAGGCGAACAAGUUGGCCACUGCCCUGCCUCUUGUCGUUGAGAGAGCCAGUUCCGUCAUAACUCAGCAGAUUCCUGCCCCUACUUGGCUUCACAAGCACCUCAUCGGACCAAAAGGGGCUACUCUCGCGGUUCGUCUUAUUUCCGAUAAUCUCGAAACGAAGACUGCUACAGAGCAUUGUUCCCAAUCGUGCAAAUGUACAAAUCGACUUUGACGACAAGGGAAUCAUUUUCUUCGAAGGCGCACCACAAGAAGUCAAGGUUUUCAUUGACUGAUUCUUGCAUUCACUAUGGUAUUAUCUUUAAAGGAGGCCCAAAACGCUCUUGCGGCCCAAGUCGCCCGUCUGCAAUGUGAAAUGGCCAUUGAAAAAGUCAAAGUUCACCCGAGUCUCCACCGUCAUGUCAUCGGUCGUGGAGGAUCAUUGAGUAUCUUAUUUUGCUAAGUCAUUCGAAUUUUUUUUUCGUUUUCAGUUUCGAAAAUCAAGGAUCAAACCGGCGUGCAGAUUAACAUUCCCAAUGAGAACACCAACUCCGACGAAAUUGUGGUCGAAGGAAAGAAAGAAGGCGUAACGAAGGCCGUUGCCGAAAUAAAGGCGAUAGCUACAAAGAUUGUGAGUUUUUUCUUUUUCUCCAUAAUGGAAAUAUUUUACUUAUUUUGUAUGUUAAUUAUGCAUAGAUGUAAAAAUGUCAAGCGUUUUUUUUUAGGAGAAUGAAAAAUCUCGCGACAUCAUUGUUCCUCAACGUCUUCACAAGCUCAUAAUUGGAGCAAAGGGAGAGAAACUGCUGAAGGUCCGCGACGCUCACCCGAAUGUUUCGGUGGUGUUCCCUGAUCCGAAAGAGAAGUCGGACAUCAUCAACAUCCGCGGUGAAAAAACUGAAGUCGAUGCUGUCUACAAGAAGCUCUCCGCGAUGGCUAAGGAACUGGUUUGUUGCCAAAAAUCUAGUUAAUCGGUUGAUUUUAAUAAUUUAGGCUGAAAGCAACCAUCAGCAGACAGUUGCAGUGUUCAAAGAGUUCCUGAAGCACAUCAUCGGCAAGGGAGGAGCCACGAUCCGAAAAAUCCGCGAUGAGACUGAAACUCGUAUUGAUCUACCGGAAAUCGGCUCUGGAGAGGACAAGAUCCUGGUCACCGGAAAGCAGGAGAACGUCGCGAAGGCUGUCCAACAGCUCAAUAAGAUUCAAGAAGAGCUGGCGAGCAUCGUAGAGAAAGUCUUGGAAAUCCCGCAGAAAGUUCAAGCCAGACUACUUGGCAACGGUCGUCGUUUGAUCUUCAACAUUGAAGAGGAAUGCGGAGGCGUUCACAUUCGCUUCCCCGCAGAAAAGUCGGACUCCACCAAGGUCACUGUUCGCGGCCCGACUGAUGACGUCGACAAAGCAGUCAAGCUUCUGACGGCUCUCGCCAAGGACAAGGAGCAGAAUUUGUUGGAAGAAACCGUCAAGGCCAAACCCGAGUUCCAUCGUUUCCUAAUUGGAAAAGGAGGCGCCAAGAUCAGCAAGAUUCGCGAAAACUUCGAUGUUCGUGUUAUGUUCCCGCGAGAAUCAGACAUUGACAAGGACCUGAUCCACCUGCUCGGAAAGAAGGAAGACGUUUUGAAGGUUAAAGCAGAACUAGAAGAGGCGAUCCGGCAACUGGAGGAAACCGUCGAGCAGAAGAUCGACAUCGAUCCCAAGCACCAUCGUCAUUUCCUCUCUCAUUCGGCCUCAGUUGUCAGAGAGAUCCAGGAGCAGAAUGGAGGCGUCAUUAUUUCGUUCCCCAACCGACAGGCCGAAAGUUCGGCUGUGACCUUGAAAGGCUCGAAGCAAUGCGUGGAAUCUGCGAAGGCGAGACUAGAGGAGAUUGUUGAGGACAUGGAGAAACAGGUGCUACUUUCACUUCAUUUUGUCUAUUAUUUCUAUGAAUUUUCAAAGUGGAAAGUUAAUUUUUGCAGGUGCGAAUUCAAGUCUCAAUUCCUGCCCAGCAUCACCGUUCUCUUCUUUCUGGACGUGGUCAGAAAAUCCACGAGAUUCAAUCUCGCUUCAACGUCCAGAUACGGUUCCCGGAGCGUAGAGAUGAGAGUACUGAUGACGAGGAAGCUAACUUGGUCUCCAUCUCUGGAAGAGACACCAAGGUUUGUCGUCUUUUCCGUCUUCAUUGGGCAUAAUCUAUCAUUCUUCUUAAGGUCGAAGAAGCCAAGGAAGCGUUGCUUGCUCUGGUCCCCAUCUCGCGCUCUAUCGAUAUCCCAGUCGAUAUGCAUCGUUCCUUGAUUGGUCGUGGAGGAGAAUCGGUAUUGUUGCAAUUUUUGUGCGAUGUGAAUUUAUUUGUUCAUAGGUCCGCAAGCUCAUGCAAGAUUAUGAUGUUAACGUGGCGAUUCCCAAGGACAACCAAUCGACAGAGAUUGUGGUGACUGGCCAGGCCGACAACGUUGAAUCAGCCCUUGAAGCUCUCCGCGAAAAGUUGGCCGAAUACGAACUUCAGGCCGAAGACAGAGUAAGAAAACACUUUUAUUCAGUCAUUAAAGAUUGCUGUUUGCAGAAGUUGAAGGCCUUCCAACUCACGAUCGAUAUUCCAAACGAAUAUCACACCAAAGUGAUCGGCGCUCGUGGAGCUACCGUCAACGCCCUCCGUGAGAAGUACGGUGUGCAGAUUAGCCUGCCACGCGGAGAAGAAAAGAGCGACCAAAUCAUCAUUCAAGGUCUUUUUUUCUGAAAAAAUAGUAAAAGAAUAUAUAACUUCUUUUUAAAAAAAGUUUUUGUCAGUGAUGGCUGACUCUCCUUUGCAGAUUCUGACAUUUUUUUCCUUUAGAUUCUCAUUUUCUCUAUAAAUAAAAUUCUUUAAUAAAGCUGGCAUAUUCAACUUGGGAGAGGUUUCAAGGGAAAAUAUUUUCCUUUUUAUGUAAACACUGAAAAGAAAAAUACUUUUGAAAUUCAGGUGAUUACUAGGUCUUACUGAAGACGCUCUGCUAAAAUAUUCACAGAAUCUUGCUUUCAAUCGACUCAGUUACUAAACUUGUAGGAUACGAGGAAAAGGCCCGCGAAUGUGCUGCCGAAAUCGAAGGAAUGAUUUCGGAACUCCGUUCGCUCUUCACACAAGACAUCAGCCUCGACGCUCGCUUCCAUCCCCGCCUUAUCGGUGCUCGCGGAAAGAACCUCAAAAAGGUAGUUUUGAUGAUGCCACGUUCAAUGUGAAAAAAUGGCGCAGAGAAACAGAUUUUUACUGUGGAAACUAUUUAUUUUUAGAUCUGUGCUUUUUUUCAUAUUGAAAACGGCCUUUUUAUUUUAAAAAAACUUUUCUUUACAGGUUAUGGAAGACUACCGUGUCGAAAUCCGUCUUCCACGCGGCGGGGCUGAAGACCCGAACUUGGUAGUUGUAUCAGGAAAGGACGAGAACGACGUCUACGACUGCAUUGACUAUCUCCGCGCACAGGAAGAGGAAUAUCUGCUCGAGUCUGUGGAGAGAGUGAGUAAAAUUGUAAUUGUUUUUCUUUUGAUAAACGACAUUAUCGUAAAGUUAGAGAGAUCAAUGGUUUCCACAUAUUGAUAAAGUUCACUAUAAAAUAUGUUUCAAUGAGAAGUAUAACAAACAGGUAAAAAGAUAUGUUUAUGUUGAAUAUUUGAUUUAUUUUUUGCAGACUCAAUAUCUCUCUCCACGUCACCAGGACAAUCGCUCGGCUCCUGCUCCGUCUACCGUGCAGAUCAGCGGUGCCCCAUGGCAACUCGACAUUGGCAGCUCGGAGCAGUUCCCAGAUAUGGGAGCUUCGACCGCUCAGGCCGGCGCUGUCGGUGGAGCCUGGGGAUCUGGCCGUCGCUGGUAAUCAACUCCAACUCUUUCUUCCAGGUAUUUUCACUUUUUCUUGUAUUGUUUGAAAAAAAGAUUUCCAAAUUCGAUUUGAAAAUGAGCUCAGCAAGUUCAGCUUGUUAUUUUUCAAUGUAUUUUCCUUUAAAAACAAAGGUCCAGGUUAUUGAAAUCUUCUCAAAUUAGUUUGUGCCUAACCUUCACAUUAUUUUUUCUUGGAACUUAGGGUUUUUAACUGCUUGACCCAACUUGCUUCAACGUUUUUUUGGCUCUAUGGCAAAUAAUUUUUUUCAAUAUCGAAAAGGCUGAAUAUAUUUGAACUUCUGAUUAAAGAAAUUUUUCCAAUUAAAGGUUUGAAAAAAACGGAAUUUCAAUUUUUCAGCAACGCACCUGACAACGCCACCAUCUUCAUUGUUCCUACGGCCUCCACUUGGGUUUUUGGGUUAA